AAUAAAAAUCAUCAACAAGGUGCUACACUGAUCAGCGUGAAUAGGCUAUAUCCUGCACAGGCAGGAGUUUUCUAAAGAGAAGAUAUCUCUUUAAAUAGAGUGUCCUGGUGCUGACUAGUGAGUUUUCCUUCCCUCCUAUAUAAGCCCAGCGAUCCCCUCCUGCUGCAGUCACUUCUCCUCCGGCCACCAUGAGUUUCACGGUAGAGCACCACUUGUUCGGUCCAACCUCGUACCGCAAGGCUCGGCCUGCCUCCGUGUCCUCCAGCGGCUUUCACUCCCAGCGCCGCCGCCUCACCUACAGCCAGCCGUCCUCCGUCGACAGCUUUGAGACCUUCAACGGUGACAUGACGCGGAGGAGCGAGAAGGAGAUACUGCAGGCUCUGAACGACCGGUUCGCCGGCUACAUCGACAAGGUGCGGAACCUGGAGAUGCACAACCACAACUUGGAGGCGGAAGCGGCAGCUCUGCGGCAGAGCCAGGCCGGUCGCGCUUCGGUCGGGGAGCACUACGAGCGAGAGCUGGGCGACCUGAGGGGUCUCCUGCAGCAGCUGACCGGGGAGAAGGCCCGCGCCGCUCUUGAGCACGACCACCUGGAGGAGGACAUCCAGCACCUGCGGGUCAGGCUGGAGGAUGAGGCGCGAAACCGGGAGGAGUUGGAGGCUGCCGCGCGCGCCAUGAAAAAGUAUGCUGAGGAGUGCCGUCUGACGCGGCUGGAGCUGGAAAAGAAGCUCCGUUCACUGGAAGAGGAGGACGCAUUCCUGAAGAAGAACCACGAGGAAGAAGUGGCGGAGCUCCUCGCGCAGAUACAGGGCUCGCAGGUGAGCUUCGAUAUGCGAGACACGCUCAAGGCGGACGUCACCGGCGCACUGCGAGAGAUCCGCUCGCAGCUGGACAUUCAAGCAUCCAAGAGCUCAACGCAUGCUGAGGAAUGGUUCAAAGUGCGUAUGGAGCAUCUGUCUGAUGCUGCCAGGUCAAACCAGAAUGCAAUUCGUGGGACCCAGGAGGAGAUCGCCGAUUACCGCCGUCAGCUCCAGAGCCGCACUAUUGAGCUGGAGACUCUUAGAGGAACCAAGGAGUCACUGGAGAGGCAGCGUAUGGAGUGUGAAGACAGACACCACAAUGACCUCAACUCACUACAGGAGACCAUCAAUCAGCUGGACAAUGAGCUGAAAAACACCAAAUGGGAGAUGGCCACCCAGCUGAGAGACUAUCAGGAGCUGCUGAAUGUGAAGAUGGCUCUAGAUAUCGAGAUUGCUGCUUAUAGGAAAUUACUGGAGGGAGAGGAGAAUCGUUUUGUAUCAGGAGGAAGUCCGUACUCCUACCUGGAAGGCAGAUUCUCUGCCCACUUCAAAGUGAAAGGAGAGGAGAUCUCAGACACUGUCAUCGUGGAGGAACAGACAGAUGAAACCCAGGUGACAGAGGUGACAGAGGAGGCCGAUGAGGAGGAAGAGGAGGGAAAGAAAGAAGAAGAGGCAGGAGAGGAGAAAGAGGAAACCAAAGAGGAAGAGGGAGAGGGUGAGGAAGUAGAAGACAAGGAGGAGGAAGGAGAGGGUGAAGAAGAGAAGGAGGAAGAAAAGGGAGAAGGGGAGAAGGAUGAGGAGGGUGAUGAGAAGGGAGAGGAAGAGGAGGCAGGUGAGGAAGAAGAGAAGUCCAAAUCUCCAGAAAAGGCUGCAUCCCCUGCUUCAAAAUCUCCUCAACCUAAAUCCCCUGCUGUCAAAUCACCAGAAUCUAAAUCUCCACAAAAAUCACCAGAAUCUAAAUCUCCACCAGCCAAAUCCCCAAUGCCCAAAUCACCUGCCAAGUCACCUGCAGUCAAAUCCCCUGCAGGAGAUGAGUCAAAGUCACCUGCCCCAAAGUCACCAGUGUCUAAAUCCCCACAGAGCAAAUCCCCUGAAUCGAAAUCUCCUCCUCCCAAGACCCCCGAACCAAAGUCUCCAGAAAAGGAGAAGGCCAAGCCUGCUGCUGCCAAAGACACCCCUAAAGAGGAGAAAAAAGAGGAGAAGCCUCAGCCAGUCAAGGAGGAAAAGGAGAAAGAGCAACCUGUGAAGGAGGAGAAGAAGCAAGAGCCUAAGGAGAAAGAGCCAGAGAAGGCAGAUAAACCUGAUACAAAGAAAGACACCAAGACGGAUGACACUUCCAAACCUGCUGCACCUAGCAAGCCCGCAGAGGACAAACCUGCCUCCAAAACUAAAGAGAGUGCUCCCCCUGCCAAGGAGGAGAAACCCUCUGCUCCUAAACCAGAGAAGGCCGAGCCUGAGGCAAAGCCUGCCCCUAAACCACAGCCUGAGAAAACAGAGGGCAAGAAGGAGGAGAAGAAGCCAGAGGAGAAGUCCGCACCUAAAGCUGAACCCGAGAAAACAGACAGUAAGAAAGAGGAGAAGAAGCCAGAGAAAAAGGAGAGCAGUAAAGAAGAGAGUAAGGAAGUGAGGGAAGAAGGGAAGACAGAAAAAGCAGAGAAAUCUUCUGGCACUGAGUCAAAGGAGAGCAAGGAGGAGAAGGCCAAGAAGUAAGACUGGAUACACUGUGUUUCAGGGCAUGAGGAUAGGAAGAGGUUGAGAUGCCAAAGAACUAUGAGGGAGUAAAGAGCAGGAGAGAGGGGCGGGAUGUGCCCAGCUGUCCAAAGCAAAGCAGGUGAUAGUAUGUAAGCAAUAGUGAUUUCUGUAGCAAAUAAUCCCCUGCUCCUUAAGUAUGGCCAUUACACCCCCCACCCCCAUGCUUCUGAUGUAUGACUGUAGUGAAUGCAGAAUGCUCUAAACUCUUUAUCUGAAUGUGACAACUGCCCUUAAUAAAUAACAAGUGCAUUUAAACUCAAUCCCGCUGACGGGGGCCGCAGAGGCCUGCUGUACCUACACAAGCCUUCAAGGGUAGUGAUGUCAAAACAAUGUCAAGCUAAAGAUUGUGACAGCUAUUGAAUAUAAAAAUGUAUAUUUAAGCAGAUACAAACGUCUAUUAUAUUUACAAAUAGAUGAGUAAGAAAGACUUGAAUUUUGCUUGUUGUGCACCUUAAUGCAGCUUCUCCUGACCGGUGAACUGCAGUGUCUCACUCUUCUGGUCUGCAAUGCUAGGACAACCAUGACUGUGCUAUGUAUAAACUGCUGAGAAUAUGCAAUAUAAAAAAGACAAAUAAAGAACGAAGAA